AGCACCAUCAUUUGCCAAAGUACAAAAAAAGUCAUGCAUCUCUGUCCUCUAGUAUAAGAAUAAAUCAAUAAGAAGAACAAGUAGUGAACGACCUACCUGAAAGCACAAUUUCAAACCUUCAGCUAAUACUCAUUGUUGCUUGUUAAAAUCCAUCAUCUGAUGGCUUCUUCGCUGAAAUCCAAAAGUAUUUACGACGUCUUCUUGAGUUUCAGAGGCGCGGAUGUGCGUACGAGCUUCCUUAGCCAUCUCUACCAAGCUUUAGAUCAGAAUGGAAUAUACACUUUCCGAGAUAGCGAGGAACUGAGAAAGGGAGAUCAAAUAUCGGCAACGCUUAUGAAGGCCAUUGAAGAAUCAUGCAUCGCAAUAAUCAUUUUUUCCGAGGACUACGCUUCCUCAUGGUGGUGCUUGGAAGAGAUGGCGAAGAUUAUGGAGUGCAAGGAGCAAAAGGACCUCACCGUUCUACCAGUGUUUUACAAAGUGGACCCAAGAGAAGUGCGAGAGGGGAGAGAGAGUUAUAGGAAAGCUCUGGAUAAGCAUGAGGAUAAGUUCAGAAAGGAUAUGGAGAAAGUGAAGAAAUGGAAAAAAGCUCUUUUUGAUGCUGGUAACUUGUCCGGGUGGCAUUUGAAUGAUGAAGAUGAGUCGAAGCUUAUACUGCAAAUUGUGAAGGAGAUUUCCACUCACCUUAACCUAACACCGUUGUAUGUUACUAAGCAUCUGGUUGGGAUAGAGUCUCCAGUUGUUAAGUUGAAAGAGAUGUUAAACCUUGCGUCUGAUAAUGAUGUUGUCAUGGUGGGGUUAUGGGGACAAGGAGGGAUAGGGAAAACAACAUUAGCAAAAGUUCUUUACAAUUCUAUGUUUAGACAAUUUGAUGGUUCAUGUUUUCUCGAAAAUGUUCGAGAAGCUUCGAAAGAUUCCAAGGAUUUAGUUCCAUUGCAAAACGAAUUACUAUCCAAUGUUUUAUCACUGCAAAAUGGAUUGGUAGUCACCAAUGCUAAUAGAGGCAUCAAUAUCAUACAACAUAGACUUCGUCACAAAAAAGUUCUCCUUGUCCUUGAUGAUGUGGAUGACUUGCACCAGUUACAUGCUUUAGCAGGAGAAGGCAAAUGUUUUGGUAAUGGAAGUAGGAUCAUUGUUACUACAAGAGAUAAACAUUUGCUAACUUGUUAUGGAAUUGAUCAAGAUCAUGUGUAUGAAGUUAAACCACUAAGUUACCAUGAAGCUCGUGAGCUGCUUAGCAAUCACGCUUUUUUGACACGCCAAAAAUUAAAAAUCAAGACAAAUUUGGUGGAUAGUGUUCUAAAUCAUGCUGGAGGGCUUCCUUUAGCACUUGAGGUUCUCGGUUCCUGCUUAUGUGGUAAAAGAGAAGAUGUAUGGGAAAGUACACUAGAGAAAGUUUCUAGGAUUCCCAACAAAACCAUUAAUGAUGUUCUCAAAAUAAGUUAUGAUGGACUAGAGGAAAAUGAGCAAGAGAUUUUUCUCGACAUUGCCUGCUUUUUUAAGAGGAAUGGUAGUGAGUAUGUAAAGAAAGUCCUUGAUAGUUGUGAUGUUCAGACAACUGUAGGAUUUGAUAUACUCAUUGAGAGGUCCUUGAUAAGCAUUGACUAUGGAAUACUAAAAAUGCAUGACUUGAUUCAAUCGAUGGGUAUGGAUAUUGUGAGACAAGAAUGUCGCGAUGAUCCCAGAAGUCGCAGCAGACUAUGGCAGUAUGAUGAUGUUGCCGAUGCUUUGUCAAGCGAUGUGGGAGAUUGUGCUGUAAAAGCCAUUGUGUUGGAGCCACCUCAGCUAAAAGAGCUAAGUAUCCAUCCUAAUGCUUUUCCAAAAAUGAGAAAGUUGAGAUUGCUCAUCCUACGCAAUGUUCAUAUUUCUUUCCACGGCCCUAUAUAUCUUCCUAAUGGGCUAAGAUGGAUGGAAUUUGCUGGAAGUGGUCCUUGGAUUCCAAAAUUUCCUACUGGUCAAAAGAAAUUAGUAAGUAUUGAUAUGAGUGAAGGCAGCAUCACAGAAGUCGUAAAACACUUUAAGGACUUCGAACAUUUGACGUACAUUAAAUUGCGUGACUGCGAGUCGCUCGUGAGUACACCCGACAUCUCAUGUGUUCCAAAUCUCAAAGAAUUGAAACUUUGGAAUUGCAAAAACUUGGUAGAAGCCCACGAGUCAAUUGCAUAUCAUGACAAGCUCCAAGUCUUGCAUUUUAAAUGGUGCCCUGAACUUCAUGUUUUUCCAAAUGUGCUCAAGUCAAAAAAUCUUCGAGAUCUCAACUUUUCUAUGUGCUCAAAAUUUGAAAGAUUUCCCAAUAUCCCACAUGAACUCGGAUGCCUGAAAAAACUUUCCAUACUAUACACCGCUAUUAAAGAACUUCCGGCAUCAAUAGAAAAUCUUGUCUCUCUAGAGGAAAUGCUUUUAGAUAUUUGCAAAAACUCGGUAAGCAUUCCAUCUAACAUUUACAAGUUACAAAGACUUCAAUGCUUCAAAUCUUCUUUUGGCCCAAUCGUGUUUCCAAACCUCACAGAUUCAGCUAAUCCAUGCAUGAAGGUUGAACUUUCAAAUUUAAAAGUCUUAGACCUUCUCAAUUGUAAUCUGUCCGAAGUAGAGUUUCUUGAGGAUCUUUCUUGUUUUCCCUUGUUGGAAACCUUAAUUUUGUCGGGAAACAAUAUUACUAGCCUCCCUAUAUCCAUCAGUAAGCGUGAUCGUUUGUCCGAAUUAUUUAUUAGUUAUUGCCAUCAAUUACAAGAGAUUCCCAAGCUUCCGCCAUUUUUAAAAUUACUGCUCGCGAAUGGGUGUGAAUCUCUGCAAACAAAUGGACAUUUAACUUCAAUUGACCAGUGGGUCCAUCGAGGGUUGACCAUGGUUGACACUGCUUCAAUUGCCAAUAAUUCUCCUUGCACUAUUUAUCUCCCUAAAGGAGAGAUGCCAAAGUGGUUUCAACCAGUUGAAGACAGUUCUAUAUCUUUCGUGGCUUCAAAGGACUUAUAUGACAAGUUUCUUGGAUUGAUUUUUUGUGCUGUACCUAACAAUAAAGGCGAUCAUUGCGAACUUAACUUUAGCGCAUAUUUUAAUGGCAAAAACGAGGGUACCUACCGUCCAUUUUACUGCAUAUGGGAUUCAUGUGGCAUCUUGAUAACCUAUUUCGCACCAUCUCACUUAUGGAAAGCAGUCCAUUUUGAUCAAAUUGAUGGGAGUUAUGCACAAUUCAGCAUUACAUUAGAGGGCUUUACAUCAGAUGGCUUUACACAGGAUGGCAUGGAAAAGUGGGGAUUUCGAAUAAUAUCCAAGCAACUAGAUGACAAUUUAAAGGAUGCGAUCCGAGAUCACAAGUUAAUUGAUCCAGCUUUCUUCUAUGAGGUUGGCCAUGACUCAACAGACCUAGAAGCCCAGAGUUCACAUAUAUAUGAAGACAAUCCAACCGAAAUAGGUCUAUCAAGAAACUUGCAAGAGAGUUCAUGUAUGCUCGAAAAUAGACUGAUCGAAUUUGAUCUAGAUUGUCCACCGAGCUCUUACGUGCUUGGUGAAGCGUUUGACAUUGGAUUUCGUGAGUUUCCUUUUCCUGGAUACUUUUUUCCUGGAGACCCGCGCAGCCGGAACAAAAAGUACAAGCUUUGGUUAAAAGAAUGAUGGAAACUUGCUAAGGAAGUAAUUCGUACGCCGAACUUCGAGCUCCAUCAUCUUCUGUCGGACACCGGCAAUCUCUGACAAAUGCAAGAUCGCCGCUUGGCAAGCGGAGGCGACCGACAGAAGAAGUCCCUAGCGAACCGACGGGCGACGGACUACCGGUGACGUAGCUUCUUCGGGGGAACGAUUCUCUCCAGAGGUUCCUGGCUUCGUGCAGCUUGCUAUAUAGAUCAGGCGAAACUUGCUUUGGACGGCCUUGAAGUUCCACCUAGGCAACAAGAGAUGCAGAGAUUGAAGCUCUUGAUGUUCUUCUUCAACAGUGGCAAAGGACUGGAUUAUUGGCUGCAGAAGUUGCAGAGAAGUUUAUGCUCCCUUUAUGUGACAUACAAACCGUGCAUAAUGAAAAUAAAUGGAGUAAUGGGAAUUCUGGAUCAAAGGGUUUCAAAUGUUGUGGAGGUAUAACAGCAUCAGAAGCAAUUUCUCCUCUAUGAGAUUUUUAUGAAUGAGGAAACCCUAAUGGAGAAAUGAAGCUGGCCCAGUGGAAUAUCAUGUAAUGACAGGGGGUUAAUGAAAUUGCAAGCGUCCAUCAAGGAUAAGGUGUUUUUCUUGAGAUGCUCAAAGCCUCACAUGUCAUGGGUAAAUCAAAUCAUGCUUCUCAUUAGAUCUGCUUGCAUUGAUUCAUCCUGUUGAACACUUUCAUGCCUUUGCACAACUAGAAUUUCAUCAAGGGAUCUGAGGAAGGAAGCGUGAUGCAUGUCCAUAUCAGUUUUUGCCAGGAUGUUCAUGUGUCUAUAGAGGGUUGCAGAUGUAAUCACCAGUGAUUUCAUGCUCUAACUUGAUUAUCAGAUUGUUUAGGUAAUUUUACAGCAUAAACCUGUACAUGCAUCGGUUUUCUGAGGUUAAUUUUGUCUACAUAUUUUGUGAUGUAGUUUGAUAUGAGUUUUUCAAACAUUGAGGUAAUUCCAGGCUCACGAUUGAUAAUUUUGAACUAUAUAGUUUUGGACUAUGUCAUGUGUGAUCCCUAAUGAUGAUCAUGGAUUUCCUGGGAAA